AUAGGCGGUGAAGGACUUAAUUUAACUGGAGCUGACAUUGUGAUUUUCAUGGAGCACGACUGGAACCCAGUGAAAGAUUUACAAGCGAUGGAUCGUGCCCAUCGCAUUGGACAGAAGUGUACUGUAAACGUUUACAGGCUUAUCACAGAGGAUUCUGUCGAACAAAACAUCGUUCGACUGCAGAAGUUCAAGACAGAUACAGCUAAAGCACUAGUUGGUGCGGAUAAUCGCUCGCUGCAUACAAUGGCCACGGAACAACUUGUGGAAUUAUUCACUAUGGAUGGGUGCUCAUCUAGUACCAGCCGUGAUACCGUCUGCCCAAAAAAAUUACGGGAAAAAAGCACCUCACGUCGUUCGAAUCGAAAUUGCUCAGGAGCGGAGCACUUUGAGAAAUGGGAUAUUGAGGAUUUAUGGGAUUUAUCCCAGUAUGAGCGCUACAGCGCCUCUUCAAUAACGCAGUCACUUGCCGAAGAAGAAGAAUGUCGAACAGCCCGGAACUCCAGCGCCAGUCUUAAAAGUGAUAAAUCUGUUGAAAGUAAAAGGCCGCGGCUUGAUGACUGA